UAUUAUCAUAAAAAAAGAAAAAAGAAAGAAAGAAAAAAAAGAGAAAAAAGAGAAAAAAGACAUAUAAAUGUGAAAGGAAGAACGUAAUUGUGUGAGAGACAAGAGCGAGAAGAAAUGGCGGAUUUGUACGCUUUGGACUUCGAUGGAGUGCUCUGCGACAGCUGCGGAGAGAGCUCUCUUUCUGCUGUCAAGGCUGCUAAAGUGAGGUGGCCGAAUCUAUUCGACGAUGUGGAUUCGACUGUGGUGGAUUGGAUUGUUGAUCAGAUGCACAUUGUGCGACCUGUGGUGGAAACUGGAUAUGAAAAUCUCUUACUUGUGAGGUUGUUGCUGGAGAUGAGAUUACCUUCAAUUCGGAAAUCCUCAGUUUCGGAAGGGCUCACUGUGGAGAGGAUAUUGGACAACUGGUUAAAGUUGAAGCCAAUCAUCAUGGAAGAAUGGGGUGAGCAAAGAGAAGAACUUAUAGACCUUUUUGGAAAGGUGAGAGAUGAAUGGAUGGAGAAGGACUUAGCAUCUUGGAUUGGUGCAAAUAGGUUCUAUCCAGGUGUUGCCGAUGCUCUAAAGUUUUCUAGUUCAAGUAUAUAUAUUGUCACCACAAAACAGAGCCGAUUUGCCGAUGUUUUACUGCGAGAACUUGCAGGGGUAACGAUGCCUACUGAAAGGAUAUAUGGCCUGGGAACUGGUCCCAAGGUAAAAGUAUUGAAGCAACUUCAAAGCAGGCCAGAACACCAGGGGCUGAGACUACACUUUGUGGAAGACCGACUAGCAACCUUAAAGAAUGUUAUUAGAGAACCUGAAUUGGAUGGUUGGAAUUUGUAUCUAGGAAAUUGGGGGUACAAUACUCCAAAAGAGAGAGAGGAAGCAGCUGGCGUUCCCCGAAUAAGCAUCCUUGAACUCGCAGACUUCAGUGAGAAGUUGAAAUAGCUUUGCGUUAUCGGUUGGCAUUCCCAGAAUAAACGUCCACGGAUUUUUAGAUUAACAUUAUACCCUAUUUGACACAGGUUAUCUUUGAACUUGCAUCGAGUUUUCUUCUUUCUCAAUUCCAUUUUGGUUGGGGGAGAAUUUAUCAUAAAUAUUCCCACCAUAACCACAGAUAAAUACUAAAAAAGAAAAAUUCUCUGCCAAGCUAGUGUUUAUAUGUGAGUGAUUUGCUCCCACGAGAAAAGGAAAUAGGCGAAUUUUUUUGAGGAACAGGAACUGAACUCUUGAGUAGUAAUGAAAUUACACUGCCAAACUUAAAUUUGUCA